AGUUGGACCUUGGAUACUCCCCCUUUCAUGCCAUCUACAGAUCAACAGCAGCAACAGGAGGUUGGCCCUGAGGACUUUACCGAUACCGACCCGGAAACACAAGCCUUCCGAGUCCCUCCAAAUCAGAUGAUUAGGGAGGGUAUGGUCCCCACCGAUUUCCAAACCCAGCUUAUCAGCGAACUCGACCUUGGUAUGACCGGGAAACCUACUAUGGGUGAAUACGUUAUUGCCAACCCUAAUGACAGUUUCGGAUCGAGAGACGAGUUGUUGAGGAUCCUGACUGCCAUUAGAUUGGCCGCUAAGAUUGUGAGUAGGGAGAUUAACAAAGCUGGAGUAUCCACUCAAGUGUUGGGCUUGGCCAACAACACUAAUGUCCAAGGAGAGGCUCAGACCAAGCUGGACGUCUUUGCGAAUAAACUUUUCGUUCAGUGCUUGCGGAAUAGGGAUGUUGUGUGUGGUAUGGUCAGUGAGGAAGAAGACGAUAUCAUUGAGGCCGGUUCUCAUCAGCAGAAGAAAUCUAACAGGUAUAUAGUUCUGAUGGAUCCUCUCGAUGGUAGCAGCAAUAUCGACGUGAAUGUCCCCGUUGGAACUAUAUUCUCGGUACUACGUAGAGCUUCUGAGGUCAAUCAUAAGCCUAAGAUUGACGAUUACCUCCAGAAAGGGAGGAAUAUAAUGGCUGCGGGGUAUGUCCUAUACGGCUCGUCUACUAUGUUGGUGAUGAGUACCGGUAAUGGUGUUCAUGGAUUCACCCUUGAUCCGUCCAUCGGGACAUUAUAUCUCACUCACCCUCAUAUGAGGUUCCCUAAGAGCCGCAAGAAUGAGUGCUAUUCUAUUAAUGAGGGUAACUAUAAUGACUUUUCACCUGGUGUGCGGGCUUAUCUUGACUUGAUGAAGGAGAGGAAGGUGACUGCAAGAUACGUCGGGAGUUUGGUCACCGAUUUUCACCGUAACCUCAUCAAAGGGGGUAUCUACAUCUACCCUCCAACCCAGAAGGCGCCUAAUGGGAAGUUGAGGUUACUCUAUGAAGUUGCUCCAAUGUCGUUCUUAGCCGAGCAAGCAGGAGGUGCGGCGAGCACUGGUACCAUUCCUUGUCUUGAUGUCCAACCCACCGAUAUUCAUCAGCGUGUGCCGAUGUUUGUUGGGCCGAAGUACAUGGUAGAAGAAGCGGUGGAGAUGGUGAAGAAGUACGACAGUUGAAGAGGAGAUAUGAACUAUUUAUUUUGUUGAAUGAUUUGGAUUUUGCGUAACUUUUUAUCUCAUCCUUAUUUAGUCAUCCGUGACAUUUUUCAAGUU